UAUCGUAAAAUCAGACUAUUAACAAAAAAUGGUCAAUGCCAAUCAUUUCUACCAUGAAAACUUCUCACACCUGGAUGAUCUAGCCAUUGAUGAUGAGUCGGAUGAGUCAAGCUCUAGUGAUACCGAAGACGACGGUGAGGAAUUUAGUUUUAGGCAAAUAGUUCAGCUGCGGAAAAUCUUCGACGUUGAUAGAUAUGGAUGCUUUGGCAAAUGGUGCCUGUUUCUCGCUGCUGCUAAGCAUCGUAGGUGGGAGGAACUAUUAAAACCUGUUCCUCUCUAUCAUAAUGGUACUUUUGACAUUCAGCGGUUGUUAUUUGUAAUAGAUCAUACACCCACAUUAACAGCAGUGCAUCUUGCAAUAGUAGAUGAAAAUUAUGUUGAAUGCAAUCGGUUCGUUAUUCAGCUUUUACAUUACGUAUUUGUAAAAAAAAGUGAACCUAUGCUGUUCACGAUAAGUGACUUCAAAUUUCAAAAGUUGAUAAAGUCAUCAGGUGUUACGAUGAACGGACCGUACCCAACCGAUGUUUUUGAUUUACAGGUUGAUGAUGAUUUGGAAGAAAGACCAGGCUUACCCAAUAACCGGAAAUUUGGUUUUUAUGGUGCAUCGCCUGCCCGCUUUUAUUCAAUUUUAAGCAAUGGUUAUGUGAAGUCCUUGAAGAGCGAAACUAACGAUGAGUCCAUAGAACCUACACGUAUACACUUAACGUCAGAUUUUUCCGCAAGCUUAAGUCAUAGCGAUAAAGAACCAUAUUGGUACGAAUUAAGUCCCGGUGCAGUUUUACGUUGUGUCGCCUUGUGUGAAUACAAAGAUCACCCUGACUGCGUGCAAUAUAAAAAAGAUUCUAAUCAAAAGUAUAUUGAUAUAUUUCUUACGAAAGGCGCGGAGUUUCGCAUUUGGCUGAUCAUGUUUUUCAAAGAAGUUAUUCCAGCUCUACCUCCUACCUCUACGUUGCAAUGUCAUUCAGCAAAAUUAAAAUCGGGUAAACGCAUUAAGUUGGAAAGUCACCAAAAAUUUACUUAAGAUCUAAAUGAUGUUAUUUCAAACAAUUUCAUAUGAAGUAUAA